AUGAGUCAAAAAGGACAAAAGGUUCAAAUUCAUCCGCUGGUGAUAAUGCAAAUGUCAGAGCAUUAUUCGAGAUUCAAAGUUCAGUUGGGAAGAGGUGUAAAUGAGGUGAGAGAAGAUUGAGAGCUUAUAAUAAAUGAGAUAUUUGUAGGUUUACGGUGCAAUUCUCGGUCGACAAAACAAUCGACAAGUUGAGGCGAUAAAUUCAUUUCAAUUAAAAGUUGGAUAUUCUGAUGAUGGAGUUGAUAUUGAUUCGUUCGGAGAAAGACAUACUGCACAAAGAGCUGAACAAUGUGAGGGAUUUUGAAGGAGAUGUUCAAAAAAUGAGAUGUUUUGCAGAUCUCGAAGUCUUCCCCGAACUCCAAAUAAUCGGCAUCUAUUGCUGUUCAGAAAAUGAUAAUCUGACUGGAAAUGAGAAAUCGAUGUUGUUGAAAUUGGCGUUGGCAAUGAGAGGUGUCGAAAAAACGACACAUAUUGAUUCGCCGCUUUUGUUGAAAAUGAAUGCGGUGAAAGCGGGAAUUGCGAGAACGGUAUGGGUGGAAAAAUGAUUGAUUGGCUGAAAAUUUCUUUUAGAAGAGAAAAGAAAUUGAAAAAAUCAUGUUUUUCAUCGAAUUUUCCGGAAAAUUGUCAUUAUCGCGCUGAAAACAUGCUGAAAUUCCCCAUUUUUCAUCUGGAAAUCAUGAAUUUUCAGCUGAAAACACGCGGGAUCCAUCAGUAUAUUUUCAGCGCGAAAUUGACCGGAGAUGCGGAAGCUAUACCCAAAUUUUGGCUGAAAUUGUCAUUUUCGCGCUGAAAAUAUGCUGAAAAUUCCCAGUUUCCUUCUGAAAAUCAUGAAUUUCCAGCUGAAAACUCAUGGGUUUUAUCAGCAUAUUUUCAGCGGGAAAAUGACCAGAGAUUCGGAAGCUAUGCUCAAUUUUUGAGCUCGCUAUCAGAAAUCGUCAUUUUCGCGCUGAAAAUAUGCUGAAAAACCCCAGUUUCCACCUGAAAAUCAUGAAUUUUCAGCUGAAAACACGUGGGAUUUAUCAGCAUAUUUUCAGCGAAAAAUUGACCGGAGAUGCGAAAGCUAUGCUCAAAUUUUCAAUAAAAAUUUGAAAUUUUCCAGCUUCCUCUAACCGCUUUCGAAGUUGACAUGGUUGAUAUCGAUCGAAUUUCAAAACUCGAAUGGAUCUUGGUUUCCGAAGAAUCCGAACGUAUCGGUGUAAAUCACAUUGCAAAACUCUCAACAAAAGACGGUGUAAAAGAUGGUGGAGCAGAUGAGAAACACGCAAAAGCACAAAUGGCUGCAAUGCAAAUGUUAUCGAAUCGAGUCGAAAUGAUUUUGGCGUAUUUUGAGAGAGUGAAAAAUGGUGAAAAAGAGGCGGAUUGGGAGAUUUUGAAGGAGGCGAAUUUGUUGACGCAAAGAUUGAAAACUAUUGAUCGAUAUGGUGAAGAAAUGGGAGAGGAUUUUGCAAAGGUUCGGGGGGUUUUCGCGCCAAAAAUUCCAAAUUCAAAAUUGUUUUGCAGGAAGAGAAGACAAUUGCAUUGUUCCAAUUAAUGCCACAAAUCACCAAAUUGGUCGGAAAUAUGGCUCAUGUUUGGGCGAAAGUUGCGAGAAGUCGACAAAUCACUGAAUCACUCUCAGAUGAAGGAUUUCAUUUGAGACAGCAAAGUUGGUGAAGGUUUUUGGGGAGAAAAAUACCUUAAAAAGCGUUUUGUGCUUAUAGAUUAAGCUAGAAAACUCUGCUCUUGAAACUAUCUGAAAAUUGUCAUUUUCGCGCUGAAAAUGUGCUGAAAAUCCCCAUUUUUCAUCUGAAAAUCAUGAAUUUUCAGCUGGAAACUCGUGGGAUUUAUCAACAUAGAUGCGGAAGCUAUGCCCAAAUUUUUAGCUGAAAAUCCCGUUUUUCAGCCGCCUCCCGUUGGUCCCAUCAAUUUGGUCAAAUGCGAAAUUCGUCUGAAAAUCCUCCGCCUGGAAUUCGUCGAUUCACACCAGUUCGAAAUAAUGAAGACGAAGAUUAUUUGGAUGAAGAAGAUGAAAAUGGAGAAAAUGGUGGAUUGAAAAGGAAAAUAAAUAUGGCUGAAAAUAAUAUGAGUGGAAAUGUUGGAAAUAGUAAUUUGGCAAAACAACCGAGUAGAAAAGAGCGAAAAGGAAGAAGACAAGAAAGUUCGUGGAAAAAUGGGCGAAAAAUAUGAAAAAUCGUCAUUUUCGCGCUGAAAACAUGCUGAAAACCCCCAAUUUCCAUCUGAAAAUCAUGAAUUUCCAUCUGAAAACUCGUGGGAUUUAUCAGCAUAUUUUCAGCGGGAAAUUGACCGGAAAUGCGGAAGCUAUGCCCAAAUUUUGACUGAAAUUGUCAUUUUCGCGCUGAAAACAUGCUGAAAAUCCCCAGUUUCCACCUGAAAAGCAUGAAUUUUCAGGUGAAAACUCGUGGGAUUUAUCAGCAUAUUUUCAGCGGGAAAAUGACCGGAGAUGCGGAAGCUAUGCCCAAAUUUUGAACUGAAAAUUAUGGAUUUUUUGACUGAAAAUUCAUCAAAAAUGCUCAAUUUUUUGCAGAAUGUCCACGAGCUUUGGCCACAAGUUCAUCAGCUUCUUCUUCAGCCAACAAUAAUCCAACAAACUCACAAAACGAUCAGGAAAUGAUGGAACCUGGCUGGAAUUCGUCUGAAAAUGUUCGAACUGCUGGAAAUGUUGGAUCUCAUGUUCCAGAUGCUCCAAUGCCAUCAGCUUCCAAUUCUGCACCGCCUGACCAAAUUUGA